GGUAAAAUUGUCUUUCGAAAUGAUGGAACCAGACGUCGACCCCUCUUGUAAUCCAAUACAGCCCCUUUACCAACAGGAGGGUGACAAUGGUUUAAAUAGGGUAGACUCUGCAGUGCCUCUCCAGCCAGCAACAACAGACCAGCAAGGUCAGGGUCAAGAAGAUGCCAGGAAUUAUGGGAUUGUUAAAGCUGUACAAUAUGGUGCAUUUGGCAGAGUUCAGGAGUUGGUCGAAGGGGGAUAUGAUGUGAAUGAGAUGGACAAAGAAAAUGUCAGUCUAUUACACUGGGCUUCUAUCAAUAAUAGAAUUGACAUCAUCAGAUAUCUGAUAGAUAAAGGGGCUGUAGUGGAUAGAUUUGGUGGAGAUCUUAACUCAACUUCACUACACUGGGCUACAAGACAAGGUCAUUUAUCUACAGUUGUUCUUCUCAUGUCAUAUGGAGCUGAUCCUACCAUACUAGAUGGAGAAGGUUGUAGGUGUAUUCACUUGGCGGCACAGUUUGGUCACACAGCCAUUGUGGCAUAUUUAAUUGCCAAGGGUAAUGAUGUGGAUAUGAUAGAUAAAAAUGGAAUGACACCUUUGAUGUAUGCCUGUCACAGAGUUUUUGGGUAUGACCCAACACGCAUGUUGUUGACCUUUGGAGCAGCAGUCAACAAGACAGAUAAUGCACUUGGUAACACACCAUUACACUACGCUUGUCUGACAGGAAACACAUGUGCUGCCAAGCUUUUAUUAGAUGCCAAAGCUGAAAUAAAUGUAUCAAAUCACAAGGGACAGACACCAAUAGAUAUGGCAGUUGCAGCUCAACUGCCAAAUCUAGUGAAAAGGUUAAGACAGAUUAGUGAAAUGAGAGGAUCAGGGAAAUCUAACUGUCUUACAAGAUAUACUUCAGACAAGGUCUUUCGAAAGCGAGUGAUGUGGAUCUUCCCAUUUAUAGCAUUGUUCGUAGUUGGUUACAUUCCAGAAAUGACAGCACCUGUUUACAUGAAGAUACUAUUAGCUCUGCUUGCCUUUGGAGGAUACCAAAUCUGCAGACAGUUUUUCUUUGAUGAGAAUAUAAUGAAUGUGAUACCUUUACCUCUGUAUCUUGCCACUAAAGUAUGGAUGUACUACACAUGGAUUUUCUAUUGUUUGCCUUAUGUAAAUAGCAUGAAACUUAAUAUUUUAUUUACAAUAAAUACGUUGUUACUAACAUAUAACUUUGUAAAAGCUUGGAAGACAGACCCUGGAUUUAUUGACACAAACAGAGAACAGAAAAUGAAGACUGUAUUAGAUUUAGCAGAAACACAGACUCUAACAUUACAAGAAUUCUGUAGUACCUGUUUAGUACAUCGACCAUUAAGAUCCAAGCAUUGUGGUAUUUGUAAUAAAUGUGUUGCAAAAAUGGACCAUCACUGUCCCUGGAUUGAUAAUUGUGUUGGUGCAAAUAACCAUAAAUACUUUAUUGGAUAUUUAUUUUUCCUGUUUGGUAUGAUAUGUUGGUGUAUGUAUGGCUGUAAAAUAUAUUGGAAUAAUGUUGUGCCUUUUGAUUUCUAUGAAGAAGGAAUUACUGGAGUAUCGUACAAAUUAGUGAAAAAUUCUCCCUGGGUAACAUGGAUAGCAAUGAAUGCUGCAUUCCAUUUCUGUUGGGUUGGAAUCUUACUAGUGUGUCAACUCUACCAGGUUAUGUGGUUAGCCAUGACAACCAAUGAAAGAUUGAAUGCUCACAGAUAUAAAUAUUUCCAUCCACAACAUGAAGAUGAAGACAAAGGAGUCGGACACAGCCAUGAUGAUGGAGAGAGAUGUAAACACCAACCUAAAAGUCCAUUUAACCGAGGUCCCUUAUCUAAUCUGAUAGAUGUACUUGGUAUAAGCUUUUUUGGAUUGUUGCGGCCUAACAAAGUAGACUGGAAAAAUCUUUAUGAUGUCCCAGGGAAACCAGAAAACUUGCUCAGAAGAAUGAGACUCAAUGUAGCUAGAGAAAACUAUCAAUUUGUUUAAAAUUUCAUUAAUUAUAGAUUUUAGCGUUAUUUAAAUCAUUUUCAUUUUAUUGAUUAAUUUCAUGUAGAGUGUACUUUUUCAUUAUUAUUUUUUUAUUAUAUCAAGCUACAUGUAAUUGGAAAUAUGUGAAAGCUAAAUUUUGAGUAAAUAACUUUACAUAAAUUGAAUUUUCCAAAAUGUAUUUGAAUGCAAGUUUGAGAAGGCCCCCAAAGGCUGUAAAUAAGGAGAAUUUUGCGAUUUCAAUACAUAAACUUUCGGUGCAAUGGUAAAUUUUGUCAUUAAAUUAUAAGUUUGACCUACAGUGAACAUUGUUGAUUGGUACAAACCUCUUGCUGAGGAUAUUUUCAUGCAUUUUACAUGAUUUCCAAAUUUGCAAAAAUAAUCCCUGUGAGAAAAUUUCAACAUUUACGGAAGAUUUUUAUGCUAAAAUGUUAUGAAAAUGAUAACAGCGAAGAAGGUUUAUUCAUAAUAAGUUCUAAGAUAUAAAAAAAAAAAAACUGCAUUUAUUUUUUAUUUGAAUUUUAAAGUAAGCUUUUCUUUUUAUGUUUGAAAAGAUUUUUUCGUCAGUUUAACAUUAUACAUUUGAACAUUGUAUGUUUAUAGCCAAGGCUAUAAUAUUUUUAAAGUGAAAUAUCGGUUUUGAAAAAAAAUAACAUCUAAUUAGUAAUUUUUUGUCUGUAUCUUAUGUUUGAAUGUCAUUUUCAAAGUAACCACUGUUAAAAUUUUGUUUUAAAAAUUAUUCACACCUUUUAGAACAUAUCAAUUUUACUUAUUUAAACUGGAAAAUCUGUUUUUUUUAUGAGAAAAAUGUAAUUUAAAAAAGAGCCGUUUUCAAAAAAUAUCAAAAUUCUCAGGUAGAUCUCAGGUAUUUUUUUUGUUAAAUCACCUUAAGCAAGCUGUUUCACUACAACAAUAUUAAUUUCAAUACUUUAUUUUUUUUUUAAAUUGCUUUAUGUUAAACUGCAAUUGAAUUGAUCUGAGAGAUUUAGCUAACACCUGUAUAAGUUUUGGUGUAAUGUCUCAUUAUAAACUAAACAAAACAUUUACCACUAUUGUUUUUUGUAUAAUGUGCAUUUAUGAUUAAUGAUGUGUUAAUUUAUAAUGAAAAAACCAAAGUGUUAUUAUUAAACCAUUAUUAUUUAGCUUUGAUAUGUUUAAUUUUGGUGCACAACUUUUCUUAGCAUUUUAUAUCCUUUGUUGAACGAGUAUAUUCCUCUGAAACUGCUGUUUUGGCUGACUAGUAUUCAACAUGGCCACAAAUUUAAAUCUGAGAAUAUCACUAGCCUGAUACUGUAAAAACUACGUUGCACAAAGCGAUUGCCACACCAAGUUAGGUUCUCGUGUUCCUUGGAACCUUUUCUGUUAUUAAGCAAGUUUUACUUUGAUCAAUGUUGAGGAAUGUAAAGUUAUUUGUUUUGCACAUUUUGCAAAAAAGCAAAGGAAUAUGGUUUGGCAGCUAGUUUAUUUGUCUAUUUUAUAAUAAAGCCAAUUUUUUCUUUGAUAUGUUUAUUUAAAUUUGUGUCUUGUGCCCUUUGUUCAUUGUUGCUAAAUACAUCUUUUCUUUUAAAUAUAUAUUAAUAGAUUAUCUAUGGGUCUGAAAACAAGAGGAAUUUUCUUGGCUACAAUCUCAUCAAAGGGGGAUAGUCAUGAGAUGAGAUGUGGCCAAGAAACUUCGAAGAGUUGAAAGACCACAGAUAAUCUGUUUAGCGCUAUUUUUGAUCAGCAAAGUCAUUGUGUUCUCACUGGAAUUGGCUGAGAAAAAAUCAUUCUCAAUUUAGUUGGUUGAGACGGAAAAUUAUCUAACAGAAAGAUCAAAGAAAAUUGUAAGAAAUUGAAAAUAGUGAUAAAUGUUGUUUAUCACUAUUUUAUCAAAUUUUCCUUUGAUUUUUUUGUGAUAAUUGCCAUAUCAUGGUACUCGAGUGAUAUUGGAUUUUCUCAGUUGAGUAGAAAGAGAAAGUAUGAAGUCAUAGGCCUAUGUCAUUGAUGUUGCCAAAGAAAAGAGCAAUAAACAGAUUAUCAAUCUUUCAAACUCGAGGUUGUUUCUCUGCAACAUUUUAUCUAAGGGCUGUUUCCCUUUGAUGAGAUUGUAGCCAAGAAAAACCAUCUCCUUUGAAAAACUAUUGAUAAUCCCUAAUUAUCAUAUAUGUACUUUUACAUCUUUUCCUAUUUAUACUUUCAUUUCAUUCAGAUUUAUAGUUACAAGUUAUUAAAAAUUAUAACUAGUACUUUAAUUAUUUCACAAUUUCAAACUUUAAAAUCUCAACUCAGAAUAUUCAGUUUAUUGUAAAAUAUUCCAAAUAGGAAACAUAUUAUUCUGUUCCUGAAUAAUGAACCCUGUGUUUGUGUUAUAAAUAGAUCCAACCAAAUUCAAGUUAAACUGUGAUAGGAGUAAUAAAAUUAUGCAAGUAUGAAAGUUUAAGUAGCUACACAAUAUUGGAUACAUUUUACUAACACAUAUACUGUUAAGUGAAGAGAACAAUGGUAGAAUUUGGUAUAGAUGCUCAAAAGUGAACCUUGAAUGUUAAUCUCAGAGCAAUGUGAUCAAAAAGUUUAGAAUGUACUUCUGUGGAUUUAUUAUUAUUCGUGGAUUUGGUGGAUUUAGGUAAACCACAAAUUCAAAUAUUCAACAAAGUGCAAAUUUUCUAUAGGCUUGAAUGCAGACUUAGAUAUAACCAUGGAAUCAAAUAUCCAUGAAAAUACAAUUAUUCCUCAAUCCACAAAAAUUGGUAUCCACCGAAAUAAAUGAACCACAGUAGCUGUCAAUUUAUUAUUAUAAGAUUAGAUAACAAAAUUGUGAUAGAACAAAAGGGUUUGAUUUGCUAGUUUGUGUUGUGUUGAUAAAAUCUAAUGGUGAUAUAAUGAAUUCUUCAAUAUACAGGGUGAGACAGUUCUGAAAUAGAUUGAAUGUAUCUGUUAAAACUUUGUGAUUUGUGUGCAAUGUUUAUGUGCAAAAAUAUUUGUUUGAAAUUAUUUUGUUAUGCUAUGUAUGUGUUUCAUUUUGAAAAACCAAUAUUAUAUGUAAUUAUUUAUUUAUUUUGAAAUUAGCAAAUUAUAAGUAGCUUGUGUUUAAAACUUAUAAAGUAUUAAUUGAAAAUCAAAAUAUCUUUAAAAAUUGUUCUAUAAUUGUAAUAUAUAAUCUUAAUAUCUUUGUUUUAAAAACUUUGAUCAAUGAUUGGAAUUUUUCCAUACAAGUUUCUCCCUUUACAUCUCUGCACUUUGAGGUCAAUGUUUCAUUUAUAAUCACAAUAUAUUGUGAAGAAAUCCAGCUAACUUUUUUAUAAUCCAAAGCAUUUUGGGCAAUAUUUUCUAAAGUGUGCAUAAAAAAGUUGUGAUUAAUUAAAAUGAAGUACAACACUGUUUUUUUUUAAUAUUUAAAAGUUAACACAAGUUUGAAAGUUAAUUUAAUUGAAUAUAAUGUUGAAUCCCACUUGAUGCAAAAGUAGAAUUAUAUUAAUUUAUAUGACUGCGGAUUUGUAAUUCCAAAUGUUAAAUGUGUGAAAAUGUUUUUUUCUUUGUUUGGUAUUAAUCUGAUGGAUCAGUUAAUUCAAGAAACUCCAAAAAAAUUGAAUCCCAUGAACAAAGAUUUAUCUUUUAUUCACUGUACACUGAGAACCACAACAUAUUAUACUGGUAUAUUAAAGGCUGAAGAACAAUUUUUACUUAUUCAUAUUUUGUUUUAAGCCUUAUACUGAGACAUUUAUAACUCCUAUAAACCACUUAAUCUUUUUAAUGGAACAUAAGGGAUCUACUUUAUGGUCACCGUCUCUGUAUUAAUUAGCCAUCUUUGAUAAAAUACAAGGAAAUGAAACAAAUUAUAUGAACAGGGAAAAUAUACCUAUUCAGGAUAUUUUGCUGUGAACACAAUGUAUGAUCUGUUAUUAUAUCUUAGUCUAUCUUAAACUAUUUGAAUUCGAAAAUGAGCUUUAAAUACAGUUUUAUAUUAAAAUUUUUAUAAUCAG